GUGCGGUGGCGUCAAAUAAUGUAUUGCAGCGUAGAUAAAAAUCAAUCCUCAACCGGUAGUGCGAGUGUUGGUGCCGGCGUAGGCGGUGGUAACGUGAUGAUGAGCGGUGUGGUGGGAUUAAGUGGUAGUGGCAGUGUGGGCAGCGGUGGUGGUGGAGGUGUCGGUGGUGGAAGCGGCGGGUAUGGCAGCGGAAACGGUAACACGGUGCCACCGAACAACACGAAAAACGCAAAAGAAGGAGUAACCAUGCGCGAGAAAAAAGGAGGUGCUUUGCAGAAGAUAAAAAAGCGAUUAUCGCACAGCUUCGGCCGAUUAUCUAUAUCGCGCGAGGAAAGCGACGAAUCCACGCAACAAAACAACCACCAUCACCAUCCGCAUCAUCACCAUCAUCACCACGGACAUGGUCACAAUCGUGGCGGUAAAGUGCCCUUCAACGGUUACACAUCCGAGGAGUGCCUCGACCGACUGGAACCAAACGGCAACAUCCCGGCCGAUAAGUCUUACAGCAAACAUUGGAACAGAGUAAGCGAUCACGAACGCGUCCAUCGGCAGCUAUCGGUAUCGUCCGAUAGCAAGCUGCUGGACGACGACAUCCGGGAGGAAACACGUGUGAUAAUGCGACCUAAGAAGCCACCCCGGCCGAAAUCCGAAGUGUUCUUGAACAAGCAUGACCCGCACCCGAGAAGAAAACGGUUUAGUGCAUUCGGGGGUGACUCGCCAUUCGGCAAAUCAGAUGCUUAUAUUAAACUAGAGCAACUCGGUGAAGGAUCCUACGCAACGGUAUUUAAGGGUUAUAGCAAUUUAACAAAUCAAGUGGUAGCAUUAAAGGAAAUCAGGUUACAGGAAGAGGAAGGUGCACCGUUCACGGCCAUACGCGAAGCAUCCCUGCUGAAGGAACUGAAACAUUCGAACAUCGUGACCCUGCACGACAUCGUGCACACGCGCGAAACGCUCACGUUCGUCUUCGAGUUUGUGAAUACGGAUUUGUCGCAGUACAUGGAACGACAUCCGGGUGGGCUCGAUCACCGAAACGUGCGACUGUUCCUGUUCCAGCUGUUGCGAGGGCUUUCCUAUUGCCAUAAGCGAAGGGUGCUGCAUCGCGAUGUGAAGCCUCAAAACCUCCUCAUCAGCGAGAUGGGUGAGCUGAAGCUGGCCGAUUUUGGUCUAGCCCGUGCUAAGAGUGUUCCAAGUCAUACCUACUCGCACGAAGUCGUUACUCUAUGGUACCGACCACCAGAUGUGCUGCUCGGUAGCACAGAGUACUCCACGUCACUCGACAUCUGGGGUGUAGGAUGCAUCUUUGUGGAGAUGAUCACCGGUAUGCCGACAUUCCCCGGCAUUCGCGAUACCUAUGAUCAGUUGGAUAAGAUCUUCAAAAUUCUUGGCACUCCGACGGAGGAUACGUGGCCAGGGGUAACGCAUUUACCGGGGUAUAAGCUACAAAUGCUAGGCUUUUUCAAACCCCGCAAGCUGGGACUGAGCUUUCCCCGGUUGUACGACAUCAACGAGGGCGAAACGAUGGCUACCUCGUUCCUGCAGCUUAAUCCGGACAACCGGAUAAGCGCGGAUGAGGCUCUGCGCCAUCGGUAUUUCGCGUCGUUGCCAAAAAAGCUAUACGAACUGCCGGAUGAACUGUCCAUCUUCACCGUGGAAGGUAUUUACUUGCAUCCGGAACCGAACCGCCACCAUGGGCACCGAGCAUGAGAGUUAAGACAAAGUAAAACCCUAGAUGCAAUACGUUAUUAUUGUUAGUAGUUAAUGUGAUUACCUGCGUCGCUGGUUAGCAGAAGACGCAGUGGAAGAAGAUGAAUUACACACCAUUUACAGCCGGGCGUGCUGGGCAUAUGGCAGUCAAUACAAUGCACGGGAUUGGCGCUAUCCAUCACCAGCCCCCCCGGGUGUGUGAGUGUGGAUAUUUUCGUAAAUGGGUGAGUAAAAGCCACAAAGGCCAAAAGUCUUAGCAAAUACUGCGAUACAUGAAAUGUAGGUACGCCCCAGCGUGUCCGCAUCGCAGAACAGAAUGGGUAAAAAGCAAGGAACAGAUGCCAUGCCGGAACGUAGUGAAAGUAAAAUCAAAAACGGUAGAUAUCCUCAAAUUGUUGCAUUUGCAAAACGAUGCAAAGGCACAAAACAAAAAAAGCAAAAAUGAUAGCCUCUCACUAGUGCGCGGUCGAAUGGAGAGAAGAAAAAAGCGCCACGCAAACAAUUGCUGUCCUCGGGAACCAAAGUGAAGCUAAAGGAUGUGAUCAAUUCAUUCAUACACCCGCAACAUCGCAAAUUGAUGUUUCACUUUUUUGCCAAUGCAUGUGGUUUUUGGUUCUUCAUCCCGUCCUGUGCUAUCGAAUGGGAAAGUGACAGAGAGGAAGCGGAAUUCGUAUAUAUUUUUUGUUUAUUUUAUUUUGCUAGGGAAUGCAGCAAAAACGCAAUAUGGUUUAAUUACAACGUUUUUUUAAUAUCAAUUUAGUUUACACUGCACGAUGUACAAAACUAUUACAGCUGGGUGUAAUGAUAGAGAAGCGUUGACGAUAUUGUCCGCCAGUCACGAUAUUAUGCAUAUAUCGGUUGUAUCUUUUUAUCGACUCACAUAUAAUUGAGUAGAAACAUUAUUUUAAAUCCUAAUUAUACUGUGCUACAGACGGAUGAAAACGUGCCCUACCUUUUGGGUAACAAUAACGUUGUGGUAACAAAUGGAACGCUCCAUAUGCUCGUUCGGUUUUCCAUUUUUGUCCUCUCGAUAUCUCGCUAGAAAUUCGAGAAACGGAAAAUGUAUUGUGCUUUCACAGUUGUGCCGCCUAACCGCAGACUGUGAAUCUAGCAAACAUGCCAAUUGACCCAAAUGUAAUGUCGGUAGCCAAGGUUAUUUUUUCCUCUCCCAUCAUUCAUCAAUCAUCGUUCAAAAACGUGAAACGAGCUGCUAGGCCUAAACAGGAUGUAUUAGAUAAUUACGUUUGCAAGCCAUUAUCUACCCCGAAUCCUCUGUACGCUGGCAAUAUUUCCACCAACACACCAUUUACACAGUUUGCUGCAUUUAGUGGAAAAUAUUACCGAGUUAAAAGCGAUGCACGGAUGGGUGGUGGUGGAUUCUUUAAUCCACAAGCGCUACACAUGAAAGUAUCUCCAAUCUAUUUUGCCUUGAUUUUAGGAAAUCCGUCAUUAGGUUCUGUAUUUUUUUUACAUAGAUUCACGUAUCUGUUCGAUUGAGGAGUGUAUAGCUUAAGUUGGUUCUUCCAUUUUUCUUUUAGUUUUUCUCAUCUUUAGCGUGUAGCCCAAUUUUUUUCCUUACUACGCGGAUGCUACCGUUUAAAAUCAAUAGCACCUCGUUAGAUCACCGGUAUUAUUCGGAAAACCAUUCGCUUGGGUGAUCGCAUCGCGUCAUGUAUGUAGAUUUUCCACCUUUCCUGGUAAUAAUAAUCGAGGAAGAUUAGAAGUAAAUCAAUGGAAAAAGUAUUGAUAUAACGCAUAGAAAAUUUGUUUUAUGGGUUUGAGUUAUGGUUAAGUAAAGGAAAAAAAUGUUUAUUAUUAAAAUGAUGUACUGAAAGAUGCGAACUAUGUGAGUAACGUUAUUGGAGAUAGACUAGAACAAACACACGCCGACACGAAAUAAACAAUCUUUAAACUAUACACAGCAGAAUUCUCUUUCGUAUUCAUUUUUUUCUUAAGCAUUAAUGAUUUGAGUUUGACUUUGUUUCUAAUCGUUUCGUUUAAUAUAGUUUGUGUUUUGUAUUAACCCUCAUUCCUAUUGUACGUAAAUAUAUUCAAAGAAGUAAGGAAGUAAAAUUCGUUUCCUCUCAGGGAUCUAAUGGUGAAACGGAUGCAGUUACAUGAUGUUAGAAUCUUUUCCUCCCAAUUGUUGGUGCAGUUCAAUCAUAACAGAUAAUCAAAAUAAUAAUGGUGAAAACCGAAUACCCAAACAAAGCAAAACACUAUCCUUUAGCUUGAGUUCGUGCGCAGUACAACUUUGUUUUAGAGUUUGACCGGUAGCAAUUAUAUGGAAAUUGUAAUACAAGUAAAAUCAAGCCACUGACUAAUGCCAGGGAAUGGCGACCAAAAUUUACAACACUGUGGUUUUGGUGAUAGUAAUUAUCGUCUUCAUUGUUGUCCUAAUUCUGUGUGAGCCAUUUUGAGCCGUUUGUUAAGUAUUACCCAUAAUAGAAAUUCUCGUGACAACCGUGGUCGGUAGAGUAGCAAAACUUGAUUGAUGAAACACUUCUAAAACAAUAAACGCAAAUCAAAUUUCACAUAGUUGGAAUAAAAGUGAACGAGAAAACAUAAAGAAAACAAAUAGAACAGAACCAUAAGAAUGGUACUUUAAAAGUAGAUAAAGCGUAGUAUAGACCGAUAGAGUAAUGAUUACUGACUGCUCAUUGGCAAACAACUGCAACAAAACUAGUUGUAAAUGAGCUGUUAUGGCUCUAGCACUCGUAACAAAAUGAACUUCUUAAAGAAAAAUCCAAUUAAAAGUAGGAAUGUAGGUUUGCCAUUGUCAUUCUAGAUAAAACAAAAGGAUAAAACCAACGCAUCGUCCUGCGGACGUUAUAAACUCCCAGAAUAGCAGAACAAAAACACCCAUUUCAUUUCCAUCUAUACAAAUCUUGCGUGUAAUUCCUCUUUCGUGGAAGAUUUUUCUUACCAAUCGAUCGUUUAAAAAAACUUUUUCAAAUUCGGAACGGGAGUAAUCACCAGUUGUUCAUACUCCAAUCAUACAUAGCAUAAUCCAGAACGAAGGCAAACUGGAACACGAUAGAGAAAAGGAUUCGUAACGCUAAAAGCUAAACACCUCAGAGUGUCGUUGAACGUAAUGAUAGCAUACCGUUCGUGAAGGUGCAACUAGGAGUUAAAAAUCAAAUCCAAUGGUGGUUCUAGAGGCACACAUUUUUCUGUAGGUGUAGAACUAGAAGCAAACCACACAACACACCCCGCCAAACGGGCUAAAAUGCGUUCUCUUUUUCGAGUAGAGACGAUUAAUCGUACAGAACUAAACCGACUUUAGAUGUAUGAAUGUUUGAAUUUUUGAUAGUUUAAUAAGAUUGAUUUGGUUCUGAAGUAAAUGUGAUAUUGAAGCAAAACACACGAGAGCGGACGGAAGAAAUAAAAAAAAUCAAUGCAGCGGACGGUGAAAAAUGGAGAAUUUUGAGUAAGUAAUAAGUAAUCAAAUACAAUACACAGAAAGCACAGACAGGUUUAUAAGUAUUUACGCGAUACCAGCAUAUUGAGAGAAGGAAGGGGGGCAAUCGCUCUAGCAGCAAGGGGUAGCAAAUGUGUGAAAAUGCGAUCUGUGAAGUAUUGGUAUUUUUCCGACCUUUUGGCGUUUAAGUAAGGCGAGCCCCUAUAUUCGUUCAUGUUUUUCACGCUGUAAGAAUCGUUCGAAAUGAGUGAGCGCGUACCGUCGUAUUUGCCACUGAGACAGGAUAAGGAUUUUUUGUUUGCCCACUACAUUACAUUUCCUUGUCCCUCAUUCAGUCACCCACGAGGGCCAAACCCUCGUCGAAAUGUGACUUUAAAAGAGUGCGCAACUUUACAUAAGGAAUGCAUAAAAAGAGCAAAACAAAUUAGUAAUAAUAUAAGUGUACAAGGAACACCUACGUGGAUGAGCGUUUGCGAAAGCGAUUUCAAGAGUGAUUGAGAAAAAAUGGGCGUAAACGGAAAUAUAACAUACUGGUAAAGAAGCAUUUUUAUGUGGAAAAGUAAUUAUUUUUGACGAAUUUUUUGCCAACCUUAGUAAGAAUUGGGACUGUAGAGACCGAAGCACUACAAAUAGAUGGCCACCUUUAUGUUUCAUUACUUAUGUUUUCUUGCGUCGAAAGUACCACUUCGAAUAGAUUGACCUGAAUUUGUAGCAGUGUUAAUGCCUGGAAUUUGUACGUUUGAACGGUGUGAAAAUAAUGCGCAGUAUACAGCAAACAUAGUAGAUCAAAACUAACAACACUAAAGGGCACAUAAUGGCGCCUGCACUCCAGUGCCGUUUCGUUUAUUGUUCCUGAGAAACCUUUCUCAAGUUUCAUGAUAAUAGUAACAACUAGCAGUAGGCAGUUCAGCAAAAUCCAGCAGAGAUAUACAGUUAUGUAGCAUUCCGAAGACUAGAAGCUGGUGGGAAAAUGAUUAAAUCUAAAGUCCUACCCUUCCCCCCAAAAACAAGUUACAUUACGGACUAUUCACGAUUUGAAAGUAGUGACAAGCAGCACCUAGAAGAAAUCUUCCACAAGGAUACGCAACUCGCAAACAGAAACAAUACAAUAGACGUAGCGAAAUAAUCAAUCUUUAGUAGACAUUUGACUGAUUCCUCGACAGCAGUAAUCGAACAACUCAAUUGUGCAAGCGCUUCGUAUAUUAGUGACAAUGGUUACAUUAGCUUCGUAGCGGAUGAUACAAAUGAGAAGGAAUGGUUGGGGCCGGAGGUUGAGUGAUGAAAUGGAUUAGCUUCCAAGCACGCUGCCAUACCCGAAAGCUAAUUAAACCUGUGUAGCUCAUAUCUUCAGCCCAACCAAUGUGCCACUUUAUGUUGUCUUUUAGUUCGUUUCUGUUUCGUAUUCCCAACGCUCUCAAUACCGUCCCCAAAAAGAAGUGAUUGAUUGUCGCCGUGAAGCUAAUCGCAAUUACUGUUACACACACUUACCACAAUUCUUAACCGUUUGAAAGAGCCUUAUUGUCUGUAAGGGAUGCGCUUGCUAGGUGGUUGAUGAAACGCAAGAACCGCAAUCAGGUUGUAAGAACGCUAUCCUAUCCAUCACCGGCGCAACAUUAGCACGCUUGUAAGAGAAACAAUUUUUUAACGCAAACACAGACACACACACACACAAGUAUGCACGUCCCAUCCCACAAAUUUCGUCCAUAGUUUUACUGAAAACACAAGUGUCUCUCAGAAGGGCAGCUUAUAUGAUCCUCAGCACACUUGCGAACACGCGCGCGCGUAUCGGGAACGCUUACAGCAUCCGAACACGUGGCGCGCUAAAACAUGCUGCUGAGUGAAGGGUAUCGCUAUUGUUGAACGAAAUCUGACUCGCGCAAACGAAACGAAAGUCAUUGUGACGAGUCUCCACAGCCUUUCCGCUAGAACAUAAGUAACAAUUGCGAUCCGUUUGGUUUGGCCUAGCAGAUGGGCUGUAUCGUUUAUUUUGCCAUGUUUCUAAUGUUCUCUCCAGCUGCUUAACGCUGGAAGCAUGCCACACUCACACGAGACACGGAAUGAAGCAAAACAACAUUCAAUUGAUAAAUCAAUCAGUUAAAAAUGUAGGAAGAAAAAUAAAACCCGGUGCGCAGCCCAACGCCGGAAGAAAGUUUGAGAUAGUUUUGUAAAUAGUUUUUAAUACAUGCAAACCGAGAAAAAAGAAUGAUGGAAAUGAGUAAAGUGAAAUACAAAACACUGGAAACAGGAAAUGAUAGUAGCGCUGUGGGUUAAGGCAGUAAGCGAAGGAACAAGCAGCAGUGUUGCAGAGAAGAAGCAAAAAAGGAAACAAAACAGGCAAAUAUUGUUUAUUUACGAAACUUUAAAUGGAAAAAGUAUAUAUAUGACGACAAAAAAUCCAUUUGAGGAUAAUGUGAAUGAAGUCCUGUCGGGAUGGAAGCAGGAGCUAACAAGGCGAAGUGAAUAAGUAAUUAAAUGAAUGAAAUAAAUACGAA